AUGCCGAUCAGUUUGGCAUCAGAGCCGACACGAGAAGAAACACGACAAUUUGUAAAUACGUUGUUCUCUCCACGUGCUGGUUAUCUCUCUCAGCAUUGUUCAAAUCUCAAAACGAGGGCUGAUCUUGAGCCUGAAUGUCCGCCUUGCUUCAACUGCCACCUUCCCGUUUUCCAAUGUUCUCACUUUGCUAAUUGUAGUGAUUUUGACGGAAAAUGUCUCUGUCCACCUGGAUUUGGUGGUGAGGAUUGUUCAGAGGCUGUUUGUAAUUCUUUGGCAGAUGGACCAAAUCGUCGUCCGCGUGAAAAGGAUCAAGUAUGCGAAUGUUCUGAAGGCUGGGAAGGAAUAAAUUGCAAUGUUUGUAAAACUAAUUCGGCUUGCGAUCCACUUGUACCCACUGGACAAAAUGGAACUUGUUAUAAAGGAGGAUUGACUGUUUACGAGAAUUUUCAAAUGUGUGAUGUAAAAAAUAAGAAAAUUCUUGAUAUGCUUCCCGAUCAACCUCCUCAAGUCACUUUUUCUUGUCACCGCAAGAAAGAAACGUGUGAUUUUCAAUUUUGGAUUAAUCAAACAGAAUCAUUCUUUUGUCAUCUUGAUGAAUGUUCAUUCGAUCAAGAAAUAACUUAUGAUCAAAAUAUAACUCAAUAUAAUUGUCAACAGAUAAAGUGUAAAUGUAAAGUUGGAGAAAUGUUGUGUGGAAAGGAUGGUAGUAUUGACCUUACUGAAUGGCUAGAUGAAGAAAUAAAGGGACCCGCAGAAUUUAAAUGCUAUAAUCCUGAUGAUUGUCGUUUUUCUGAACCUGCUAUGAAUGAACUUAUUUUGCAAAUCUUUGGUGAUGGUUAUAUUUCUUUAGAUUGUAAAAGUGGCGAAUGUCUUCAUUAUACCGAAGUUCCUGGAUUCGAAAGGCCACGUCAGCCAAAUAAUAGAAAUACGAUAAUAGUAUCUUUGAUAGCGGUGCUUACAUUUGUUGCUGGUAUUUUCGGAGCUGUAUUUUAUUUGUCUCGUAAUUGGAUAACUCCGACGUCUAUUACUCUCCCUGAUGAUGAGAAUUCUAAACUCAUGGCUAAUCAUAUACCAGCAACAUUGCUUUUCCGAGAUAUUAGUUAUUUUGUUGGCGAUAAAUCAGUUCUCCAUUCAAUACAUGGAGUAGUCAAACCGGGAGAAGUUAUGGCAAUAAUGGGUGGAUCUGGUGCUGGUAAAACAAGUUUCUUAGACAUUUUGGCACGAAAGAAUAAAGCUGGUAGGGUUAAAGGAGAAAUAUUGGUUAAUGGACGUAUUGUAGGAGAUGUCGAGUUCAAAAAUGUGGUUGG